UUCACACUGCAGGGCUUAAUGCUCAAUUCCGAUUUUUUGAAAAAAAUGCGAUUUUUUUUGCAAGGCCGUUCACAUUUUCAAUUAAAUGCGACCUUUUGUGAUCUCCUGUGUGAACGUGAAAUGACCCAAAAGUGACCCGCAUGCGCAGAAGAGUACACAACGGCCAACGACGUCACUCGUUGUUUGCGGAAGUAGCUAACGUUUAAACGUGGAUGUCAACAACAGUGUAGGCAACAGCGGAGCUCUUUUUGCAAUAUUAAAGUUAUUUUCCCAACGGAGCCAGCACAAUUACAAUCUUCUCGUUUUAAGAAGAAAAUUAAAAAGAAGGUUUUUGGCCAUGGCGUUUUGUGGAGCAGUGUUAGCAACGUCGGUACAGAGAAACGUGUGGGUGCAGAGUCGCAGCCAGGAGUGGUGAGAUACUGAUACGUCCAGGUUUGGUGUGUCAUUGGUUGCAGCCCAGAGCUGGCACCAGCUCAAAGGGGAUGUUGAGAAAUGCAAUCCAUAUGGUGGCACUAUAAAAUCUAGCACAGACCACAACCAAAGACCAAGAUCUGUUCAGGACGCAGGCAUAGCAUCAAUUCGAAAACCACCUUUCCCGCAUUGCCUGAGGAUUUUUGCUCUCCUAGACGCCCGGAGGACCAGGACCAGUUGCUUUAAGGGGGUGGUCCUGUCGGAUUUGAUAUGAAUAUUCUGUGUCAUGUCAUGUUCCUGCUUCUGCUGGGAGUCAUUUCUUGUCAGAACAACAAUCGCAAUGUCAAGCCAGGUGGAAAACCUGCAAAGAAGCCUAACAGCCAGGCUAAAGAGACAACCCAACAUGGCCCUGAAGAUGACCCAAACCCUGCGCUAGCAGGUGCUGGCGAUUCCAGUAAAGAAACUAACUCUGGAGGUCGUGGAACCGCCCAACAAAGCGCAUCUGUCAACAAGCCUGUUGAUGAAAUGAAGCUGCACUUUCUUAAGAACACAUUAGUGACAUGCAAUGAUGGUACUGCUGCUGGGUUUUACCUAAAGGAGUUCAAAGGAAGUAAGAGAUGGCUGAUAUUUUUGGAAGGUGGCUGGUGCUGCUACAACAAAGAGACCUGCGAUUCAAGAUACAAAACUAUCCCCCGACUUAUGAGCUCAGCUGACUGGCCACAGACACGCAAAGGAAGUGGUUUACUGUCAACACAAGUUGAUGAAAAUCCUCACUGGUAUAAUGCCAAUAUUGUGUUUGUUCCCUAUUGUUCAAGUGAUGUGUGGAGUGGUAACAAAGCAGCAUUAAAGUCCAAACAGACAAAAGAAACAGAAUAUGCUUUCAUGGGAUCUCAAAUCAUUCGGGAAGUGAUCAAAGAUCUUGCCCCAAAAGGACUGAAACAAGCCAAAGUUGUGAUGUUGGCAGGAACAAGUGCUGGGGGAACAGGUGUGCUGCUGAACAUUGAUAAGGUAUCCAGUCUUCUGGAGCUUGGGGCUGAUGCUCAGGUGCGCGGCCUUGUCGACUCAGGCUGGUUUCUGGAGAGUAAACAGCAAAAAGCUCCGGAAUGUCCAGACAUUGCCUCCUGCACCCCUGUGGAUGCCAUAAAAAAAGGAAUUCGGCUGUGGGGUGGUGUUGUUCCAGAAAAGUGCAAGCAGCAGUAUAAAAGAGGCGAGGAAUGGCAAUGCUUUUUUGGACACAAACUGUACUCAUACAUAACCGCUCCAUUGUUUGUAGUGCAGUGGUUGUUUGAUGAGGAACAGUUACGAGUGGAGAACAUUUAUAUGGGCGGGCAGUCACUCUCAGAGCAGCAGUGGACCUACAUGCAGAACCUGGGAAAAGAGUUUAAAAACUCUCUCAAAGAUGUUACGGCUGUGUUCGCCCCCUCCUGUCUUUCCCACACUUUGAUUACCAAAAGUAAUUGGACGGAUUUCCAGAUCAAGGGGACGUCACUCUCUCGUGCUCUGCAGUGCUGGGACAGAAGUCUUCAGGAGGCUAAUAAGAACAGCAAAACGCCUCUAAAGGGCUGUCCCUUUCAUCUCAUUGAUAAUUGCCAGUGGCCACAGUGCAACCCAACCUGUCCAGCCCUGAUUGACCAGGCCACGCAACAGGAGAUGACUCUGCUCCAGGUGCUGGCCAGUAUGGGCUUGGACCUGCAAAAGCUCGGCUUGGAUGUAAGGGGAGAUAUUUCAGCCAGCAUGAUCAGCAGUGGUGGCUAAAUUAGCAUUAGCGGCGGUGGUGUUCUCAUCAACACAACUACACUCAUCCACACUUUUUAGAGAUUGUUCAGUGGCUUCCUCUCAUGCCACUUCCAGAGAAGGACCUGGGUUUGUCUAGUGAACAUGUCACUGGAUUUCAGUACUGACAGUCUGCCUUUACAACCGUGUUCUAGAAUGAUUUUGGGUUCUCCAAGCGAGCGACUCUAGCUAGACACAGUUAAUCAAUGGUUAUCACAACUGCUAAUCUAACUAAUCACUUCCAUAAGAGAACUGGUGUCUGAAUUCAAUGCUUUA